UCUAGUAUUUGACAAUCUUUAUAAUAAGUUAUAGAAAGAGCAUCGAAUCACGAGGCUAUCUGAUUUGUACGAGGGGGUCGUAGCCUCCGAGUAUUAGUCAGACUGCCGAGUGUUUUACUGUUCUUUCUCUUUUGUAUCAUAGUCAAAAUAUUUACACGUUCCCUGAUGUCAUAAUAUGAAUCCCAAGAAAAAAGUAACCGAUGAACAAGCACCUGAAUAUAAUAUUUCUACCGCUGUCCCUUUCUCUGCAGAUCCCAGACAAAAUGAGCCAAUCAAUGGGUAUGCUCUGGUAUGCGGAUGGCUAAUACCUUCAUUUCAGUAAACGCACUAUGCAUGUAUAUGAAUACGUUUUAACUCUGACAUUCUUUCAACAGAAAAGGCCGUAUGAUACAAGUUUAUCUUGUCGUUGAAAAAUUCGAUGGAACUAACCCUGAAUAAAGUAUGUUCAUAGUUUGAAGACUUUGCUCCUUGACUGGUUCAUUUUUUCUAGGGUUUCCUUCUUGCGACGACAGCGAAAGAGAUAUCGACAGAAAAUUCAUUUUAUGGGACAAUAGGAGAUUACUUAUGAUACAAAAGAAAAAAGAAAAUCAAAACAUUCGGCAAUCUAAUUUAUACUCUGGGGUAACGCCCCCUCGUACACAUCGUCGUGUGUCGAUGCUCAUUCUAUUUCUUAGAUACGGCGAUAAAUUUAUAGUGUAAUAGGUAGAUUGAAGCAUAUAAAGGCAAUAAUGUUAUAUUAUAUUUGAAAUAUGCUAUGGAUACAUCAUAUGCUGAUGUGAUAAAAGUUUCAGAGGACCAAGAAGUAACCAUCAUACGCACUUUAAAUGUUCAAUGUCAAACAUGGACCGGACGGACUGGCUAACCUAAUUAAUAAUGGAUAGACAAUCAGUGAACCAGGCAUUUCAUGGGUAAAUAGCAAAGAUCUGAAAAUAGAUAAGACCAUGUUAAAGCACGAUGGUGACUAUAUAUGCUCUGAUUACAGUGGUGAUAGAAAAACUGUGGAAGUUGAUGUUCAAUACUUCCGCUCUUCGGCACAUUUUACAACAGCAACUAUUUACAACUCGACUACCAUUUUAACAUGCACUUGUUAUGCCAAUCCCUACUGUAAAACUGUCAGUAACCUUAUCAUACGUAUUAGAGAUGGACGAGAAUACAAAACAAAUACCACGAGUACCGGGUGCAAACUUGAUCCUUCUUGGGAUAAUGAAACAAAAUGUCGUGUCACUACAGUAAUGCAUGCUUACAAGGAGGAUAAUGGUUUAGAGAUGAGCUGUACAUUUCAAUAUAAGAACGUGACAGACUAUCUUAUCAUGUAUCCCAAAGUGAAAGCUUUAUGUAAGCAUUUAAAUCAUGUACACUUUCAAUGGUAUACAUGUACACGUUUUUUGAUAUACAUGUUCACUUUCAAUGAUAUAUAUAUAUAAAUGCUGUAAAGUCAG